AUGACACGAAAGGCCCGUCAAAAUCCCACAAAGCCCGUGAGCGGAAACAGUACCGCCCAAGGUCCGUUGCUCCGCCUUUCACAUACCAAAACUGACGCUAGAAGCCGCCAGGACAGCCCGUUAAACUUACAGCUAUUGACGCGUCCCCAACCAGAAAAACUGCAGUUAGUUGCGACCGCGGUUGAGAGUAGGCCGCCAACUACUAAGCCACCCAGUAUGCCGAAAGCUAAGCGCCACUACAGGGUGCCCGCCCAUACUGCAUUGCUGUCGCUGAACCUCAAUAGCAGUCACAUACGACACCUGAAGGACUUUCCUCCGUACCAACUGGGACGAUUAGCGGACGGGUUAGAGCGACGCGGGAAACGCCUAAACUGGAGAUCUAGCUAUUGA